CUACACAUGAAACCCAGGGUCAAGUGCAUGUGAUACACAUAUAAAAGCCAGCGCCCCACACAGUUGACACUCACAGAAGUGAAAUCACGAUCGAGAAGUGGCCAUGUUCUUGCUUGUCAGCUGUUUUGCUCUUGUGGUCUCUGCACUGGGGUGUGGAGUACCUACUAUCAAGCCCCAAGUGAGCGGAUACAACAAGAUUGUAAAUGGGCAGACGGCUGUGUCUGGGUCCUGGCCUUGGCAGGUUUCACUUCAGGAUGGUAGGGGAUUCCACUUCUGCGGAGGAUCCCUGAUCAACCAGUACUGGGUUGUCACUGCUGCUCACUGCCGCGUAUCUCCUAGAAACCACAGAGUUAUCCUGGGAGAACAUGAUCGUCAGUACAACAGUGAGCAAAUUCAGGUCAAGUCCAUUUCCAGGGCCAUCACUCACCCCUACUACAACAGCCAGAACUUCAACAAUGACAUCACCCUUCUGAAGCUGUCCUCCCCAGUACAGAUGACAUCCCGUGUGUCUCCUGUGUGCCUGGCCUCCUCCAGCACUAGUAUCCCCUCUGGAACCACAUGUGUCACCACUGGGUGGGGAAAGACCGGCCAAAGCUCAAGCCCCCGCUACCUCCAGCAGACGGCCCUGCCUCUGCUCAGCCCGGCUCAGUGCAAGCAGUACUGGGGUAGUAACAGAAUCAGCGAUGCCAUGAUCUGCGCUGGCGCUUCUGGAGUGUCCUCCUGUCAGGGUGACUCUGGUGGCCCUCUGGUCUGUGAGAACAGCGGAGUGUGGUCCCUUGUGGGUAUUGUGUCCUGGGGAACCUCUAACUGCAACGUGCGCACCCCUGCCGUGUACGCCCGUGUGUCCUACCUGCGAAGCUGGAUCGACCAGAUUGUUGCUUCCAACUAACGUGCAAACACACAAAAUGUGAAAUACACGUGUGCAUGCAUCAUCCUGCUCCUACUGAUUGACAGCUGUCACAAGGAUGCAACCAUUUCUAUGGACUUUGAAUGGUAGCAAACACUCGCUGUACUGGUGCAUUUGUGAGAAAUCAUGCAUAAAAGAUAACUCUUAAGAACA